AUGGAAGAUUUGCUGAAGGUCAAAGGAAUCGUGGUAAACAUCGCUGGGAAUCUGAAUACUAGAGAUUACUUAACUUUCCAACAAAUCAAUAAGAAUGUUCACGAUGCCCACCUACAUGGCUAUGAUGAUGAUAGAUACUGGUGUGAGAAACUAUUGAGGAUGGGAUUGAAGAAAGACAUUGAACUAGAAGAGGCGUCAGGCGCUCUCGGAUCGCUGAGCGAGACUUCCGAGGAUUCGGCUUCGAUAUUCGAUGUCGUGAGGACCUUUUCAUCCAAGAAUGCCAAACAAACCUACAGGCGAUUUUAUCGUUGUUUUCAUUCAUACUGUGUCAAGCUGAAGCAGAAUAAUAUGGCCCAUUUUUUUCCAGAACAUUACGAUAAUGAUCCCGUCAUGCAAGUCAAGAUCUUCAAUUACAUUAGUCGAUACAACAAGUCCAACUACAACGACCCGCAGGAAUGUCAAACUAUCGAGCAGAACCUCGCCAUAUUGAAAGAGAUUUUCACUAAUUCAGUUCUACAGGAAAUGGAGGACAAUUAUAACCUCGAGAAUUAUGAGGCGGUUAACAGGUUCAUUCUAGUAUUACUACUAUGUCAUGAAGAAAAAAAUGCGGUGGAAUUCUUUAGGUCGAAAGCGGAGUAUGCAGGAAAACCAAUAUCGUUUGAGUCAUUCUUCAAUGAUGACGGCGUUUUAGAAACAAAAUUGCUGGUCGAUACCCUGGUAGAGAUGCGUGACUUCUUAAAUUCCAAAAUAAAGCUGAUCGAUCUGCUUUUUGAAGAUAGAUAUCCGGUCGUCUUGCAGUUCAUCGAAAGCUUCAUUCAAGAUACUCUUCUGGAUUUUCUCAAUAAUUUGUUCAGCCUUAAUGAUGCACGAUUAAACUUCAUGCCUGUCGUAUACUCCUUGGUGACGAAAAGCAUGUGCGAUGAGAUGAUAGAAUCCAAAAAUGCGGGGCCAUCUUUUCAUGAAGUGAUGAAGGAAUUUCUUGACAUGUAUUUGGAACCGAUGAUCAUAAAAUAUCUGGACAUGCAACCGCAAGCGUUUGAGAAAGAAACUUCUGAGAAGUUCCUAGAAUACAAAAAAGAAGCUGCCAUAAAAGAAAAGGAAGCCAGCGAAUACAUUUAUAACUCUCUCCGAGAUCAGAGCUUUGAUGAAAAGAACAUAGUUGACGAUAAGAAUGAUUUCCUGAGCUCAUUUACCAGAAUUUUCAAGCUUCCUAAUAAUGAGAGGCAAAAGACAGAAGAACAACUACAGCUUGCUUACAACUUAAACCUCAUAACGAACAAUUUGCAAAAUAUCAAGACAUUAGUGAGCUUGGAUCUCUGUUAUAAGAUUGUGAAAAAGGCACAAGACAGAACGGACCAAAUGUGCAGUUUUUACGCUGUUGAAAACGCGACGCAGAUAGUGAAGGUCCGGUGUCAGGAACUCUUCAAGAUCCUCAUUGACCAACUGAGCACCAACCACAUUAAACCUGCGUUUGACAAAGCAAUGACGUUAUUGAAGCGGUAUGACUCGAACGAAAUUCAAAGAGUAGAACUGAAGCUAGAGGGUGUUGAAACUCAAGUAGAGCCACUCGUUCAAUUCACCGAGUUGAUCAACAUCGGUGAUAUCAUCCUGCAGAUGAUCUCAAUUUUCUAUCGAGAUGAAUUGUUGCAUAAGAACAUUAUAGACAAGAACCGUGACUUCCUCAAUGACGUUGUGCAAGCAAAGAAGAAUUUCGAAAAUCUAUUAGAUGACUAUGUUGCCGAGGGUCUAAACAUUGGUAUCAAUAAAUUGAUGGAUGAGGUUGAGUUUGUCUUCAACACGGUUCAAAUCCCCACGGAUUUUAAUCCUGAUCCAAAGGACCGGAACUCUAGAGAAAUUAAGCCCACACAAUGUGCUGAAAAAAUUGUGGAGCUUCUAUCUAAUCAUUCCUUUCUGUUGACAGGUGCAACAGAUAAAGGUACGAUUGAUGUGUACCAACAAGAGAUAGGCGAGAGGUUCUUCAAUGAAAUAGUGAAACACAUCAAGAAGAAUUUCAUUUCCUCUGAUGGCGCCAUUUUCUUGAUCUGUGAUCUCAAUUGCUACUACGACUUUAUUGCAUACAAGCUGAAGCAGAAGAAUAUUGUGCCGCUUUUCGCUGCGCUGAAGAAUGUCGCUCAGCUCUAUCUCAUUUCAGGUAAGGACUCUAAGGAGCUCGGCAAAAUGAUAUCUGAUGCCGGAAGAUUCCAUGGUAUUUUUUCCCAGGAAGAGAUUUACGAGUUUGUCGAACGACGGAGUGAUUGGGUCAAGGUCAAAAGAGACGUUGAGAAGGUGAUUUACGGUUUAGGCGUGAAGGAUUGUACUAUUAUGUAG